UGAGGACUACGCUUCCCAGGCGCCUUCUGUGGGAGGGACUCUCUUCCCCUUCCUCCUUCCCUCUCAGGCCUUCUUCCUUCUUCCUUCCUCCUUUCCUUCCUUCCUUCCUUCCUCCCUUCCCCGAGGCCUGGCUGGCUGGCUGGCUGCGGGGGAGGAGGAGGAAGGGAAGAAGAAGAAGGCGAGGCCGAGGAGGAGAGACCCCUUGCAGAGCGGGACGACGACGACGAGGAGGCAAGGCAAGGCCGAGAGAAUGGGCGCCUUUCUCUGAAUUUGUGCCUGUGAGCCAACAUGGUUGGUAGCCCUAUGGGCAUGAUACUCUGAUCCCGCCACCCCCAGCUUGGGGGAAUCGAGCACUCGCAAAAGGGAAUGUUACGGUGGACAGUGCAUUUAGAAGGUGGGCCCCGGAGAGUGAACCACGCGGCUGUGGCUGUUGGACACAAAGUCUACUCUUUUGGAGGCUACUGUUCUGGGGAAGACUAUGAGACACUGCGACAGAUUGAUGUUCAUGUAUUUAAUGCAGUCUCUCUGCGCUGGACCAAACUGCCCCCCGUAUGGACAAAUAGCAGGGACCAUGUGAGGGAAGUUCCUUACAUGAGAUAUGGACAUUCUGCAGUGCUCAUUGAGGAUACCAUCUACAUCUGGGGAGGUCGCAAUGAUACUGAGGGAGCCUGCAAUGUAUUAUACGCUUUCGAUGUCAGCACGCACAAAUGGUUUACACCAAAAGUUUCUGGAAUGGUUCCAGGAGCAAGGGAUGGACAUUCAGCUUGUGUCUUGGAGAAGAGCAUGUACAUUUUUGGAGGCUACGAACAAUUAGCUGAUUGCUUUUCAAAUGAUAUUCACAAAUUGGAUAGCAGCAACAUGGUGUGGAGUCUGAUCUGCACAAAGGGCACACCGGCUCGCUGGAGAGACUUCCACUCGGCCACUAUAAUUGGGACAAAGAUGUAUGUGUUUGGGGGAAGAGCAGAUCGCUUUGGGCCAUUCCACUCCAACAAUGAGAUCUACUGUAACCGAAUCAAAGUCUUUGACACAGACACAAACUCUUGGCUGGACUCCCCUCCUACUCCCCUUCUCCCCGAAGGCAGAAGGAGCCAUUCAGCAUUUGGCUACAAUGGAGAACUGUAUAUAUUUGGUGGCUACAAUGCACGUCUGAACAGACAUUUCCACGACCUUUGGAAAUUUGACCCAGUUUCUGUUACCUGGAAGAAAAUUGAUCCCAAAGGGAAAGGGCCAUGUCCUCGCCGCAGGCAGUGCUGUUGUAGAGUCGGGGACAAGAUCAUCCUUUUUGGAGGCACCAGCCCAUCCCCAGAGGAAGGCAUGGGAGAUGAAUUUGACCUGAUGGAUCACUCAGACCUGUACAUCUUAGACUUCAGUCCCAGCUUAAAAACGCUAUGUAAACUGGCAGUGAUCCAAUACAACCUGGACCAGUCCUGCCUUCCUCAUGAUAUCAGAUGGGAGCUUGCAGCGAUGACAACCAACAGCAACAUCAGCCGGCCAAUCUUCUCCUCCCAUGGAUAAACCCACCUCCUCUUCCCCCCUCCUGCUGCCCUCAAGCCCUUGCCUUGCAAACAUCAUUUCCUUUAUCCCUUGCUGUGCAUGAAUGUUUAGCCUAUUGGAAAGGGCUACUGCUUCACGUAAAGGAUUUCUUUAUUGUCCAGCACUUGGGGGGACUUUAGCUGCCCGUCCUGUUGCCACACCUGCCCAGCUGUAACUUAACCAAGACCUUGGCCUGAAGGCAGCAUGCACACAGAACUGGAUGGCGCACACUACAGAGAAGGAAGGCGGGUGGUUUUGCUGUCACUGCUGGAAGCUCCAGUUUACAUCUGUCUUCUGGUGUAGUACAACUUGAAUUAAUAGGAACAGCAGAAACAAAAAUCUCAGGACUCUCUAGUGUACAACCAGCAUAUGCUUCACAUCACCAAGGCAAACAAAGCAAGGACUUUUCAAGGCUCUACUUCUCUUCAUCGCCAGCCAUUUUGAGUGCCUAGCCCUCAGCAUUCACCCAAGGGCUGAACUGAGCGCCCUGUCUUAAGCCAUGUUCCCUGCUCUGCUGUGGGCACAGAAAAGCAUGCCUGGUCUUUCCCAUUUUAGUGCUUGGCUGGGUUUGUCCUCCCCGGUAAGCAUCCACAGGAACUCCGAAUAUGAUGCUCAAGCACUUGCUGCCUUUAUAGUCAUGCAGAUUUCUCUGAGAUUAGUCUUCACUGGAAUUGGAGAGGGAUGAUGACUGGAUGGCAAGGAGCGGUCACCCCGUAUCUUGAAAGACUGACUUGAAGAGAGACUUGUCUGUACUUGGGGCAGGAGGUGUCCGUGCAAGAUUUCAGUGCUGCUUGCCCAGUUUGGUUUGAAAUGUACAAUCAGCAGCUCCGAAUUUAUAAAUACUGGAGAGGAAAACCAAAA